UUUCCUUUGACUUGUAUACAAAUAAUGUGUAAAAAACCCAAAAAACUUGGAAUAGCAUAAGACUAAAAAAUGAGUCAAUAUUUCAUGUGCUAACAAAAUAACAUUAGGUACUCGUCCAAUCACUUCACUCGACAAUGUAACCCAAAAUAAAAUUUCAAUGAGUCCAAAUUUGUUGCCUCAAUCUCGAAUUUACAAUGAUGUGUCAAAAUUUAAUUGGCGAGACAGAACGUGUCAAACGAACUAAAAUUAAUAUGACCAUUACUUUGAAUGUUGUAAUAGUGAAUAAUACAUGUAAUUUCGAAUUUAAAUUUAUUAAAAACGGAACUUAUCUAUUAUUUGUCUUAGUUGGUGCGUUUUAUCCCUUUAUUAUAAAGUAUAUAAUAUCUAUAACUCAUUCACUUUGAAGUUUGAAUACAAGAUUGAUUCCAUGUGUGAACGUCACCUUCAAACAUGGCUAAAUACAAGAAAUAGUAUAGAAAUCUGAAGAAGCUAAAACUGAAUUCAAUCAAGGUUAAAUCUGCUUAUGCGAAAAUAAUUGAUUAUUUAACUUCUCACAAUCCCUUUAAAAGCCAAACAAAUUCGAUUAUUCCAUCAACUUUCUGAGAUAAAGAGGGAAAAUUAAUCAUAAUCUCUAUCAUGGCCAAUUUUUCUUGCUUUUUUCUCUUUUUCCUCGUCCUUUAUUUCGCUAAUUCUUAUUCGAAAGCGCAGAGCGUGCCGGCAAUGUACGUGUUUGGCGACUCCCUAGUCGACGUUGGCAACAACAAAUACUUAGCGCUCUCCGCUCUUCAAGCAGAUUUCCCUCACAACGGGGUCGACUAUCCCGGCGGAAUAGCCACGGGAAGGUUUUCUAAUGGCAAGAAUUCUGCAGAUUUCUUAGCUGAGAAGUUGGGUCUAUCGACAGCCCCGCCAUAUCUUUCGCAACCUAACGAUGUUUUCAUGAAAGGUGUAAGCUUCGCCUCGGGAGGAGCCGGAAUCUUCAACACCACAAAUGAGGACGUUCUUAAGCAAACAAUUCCAUUGCCAGUCCAACUAGGGUAUUUCUCUCUAGUUCAUCAAAGGCUUGUGAAAAAACUGGGAACAGCCAAUGCCCAAGAACACUUAUCAAAAUCACUAUUUCCAGUCGUAAUCGGGAGCAACGAUCUAAUUAACUUUUCGAAAUCUGGAAAUUCUCCUCAACAAUUUGUUAAUCACAUGGUUUCGUCACUCAAAGAGGUGCUCAAGAGAUUAUAUGGUCUAGGGGCACGUAAAUUUUUGGCUGUUGGGACAGCACCAAUUGGCUGCGCCCCAAAGCAAAGAUUUCAAAGUACAAGUAAUGAAUGCAAUGAAGAGGUGAAUUCCUUGUCCAAAAAGUACAACAUAGGACUCCAAACAAUGUUGCAAGAAUUGAAAUCGGAGCAUAAGGACUUGCACUACUCCUAUCUUGAUGCGUAUAGUAUCUUUACAAACUUUAUCGACAAUCCCGCAACUUACGGUUUCAAUGAGACUAAGGUUGCUUGUUGUGGAUUAGGGAGAUUGAGAGCCGCGCUUCCUUGCACGCCUGUUUCUGAUUAUUGUUCCAAUAGAAUCCACUGCAAAGAAUGGAUGAGGUCUUGA